GACGCAUGCAUCACCGUUAUGUCUGCUUCCAUGGCUUAUAGUUUGCAUUCGUGUUUCUGACGUUCGUGUAUUGAGCGACGCAAGUUCUUUGCGUGAUAUCCCGUUGCCUUCCCGAGUCGGCCUUCUUGUUUCGUUGUUAAAGAACACCAAACUUUGUGUACAGACUAGCAGUUUUAGUCAUGGCUGGCAUCAGUGAAGAGAGACGCAAAGAGAUGGAAGAAGAGAUGAGCCGGUUCGAGCAGGAGAUAUCCAUGCCUGAACCGGGGCACCCUGUUGGUGCCGAAGGUCCACCACCAGGACCGAGGCUUCCUGCAGGACCUGCUCUGAGGCCACCAAGGCUAGCCCCUCCACCCCCACCACCCCCUCCGUUAGCAGGCCCUCCAAUGCCUCCCACGGGACCUCCGCCUCACAUGCAAUUCAUCCCUCAUCAGCUGCGUCACCUCCGUCCGCCACCACCACCGCCGCGUAUGGCGCCGCCACCACCCUUCAUCGGCGGACCUCUUGUGCCUCCACCUCCCCCACCACCAUCAUUCCUCACGCCAACCAACAUGGCGGCAGUGCGUCCUCUCCCUGGGCCACCUGAACCACCACCAGCUGUCAUUAUUCCUGCACCGCACCUGCCAACGCCAGUUGUGGCAGCGCCGCCACCACCUCCUCCUGCUACCAUGUCCAAUGUCAUCAUCGCCGCGCCAACUGUGUACUCAGCGCCGCCCCUCAGGAAGAAUGCUGCGGCUGUAGUUUCAGUCGUGGCUGGCCCAGCCUUCCCAGCCCAGCCUGUCAGCGUGAUUCCCAUGCCGGUUGUGCCGGUAGCGGACAGCAACAAAGCCGAGACCUUAAAAGAGACCAAGUCCAAGUCUUCCAAGCAGUCCUCCCACAAGUCAUCAGAGAAACAGAAGUCGUCUGAUCGGUCAGUGGAGAAGACAAAGGCUGCUGAGAAGUCGGCCCCUGCUGGUAGUGAGGAAGCGGGCUCUGCAAAGAAACGGAAGAAAGAGAAACGUCUGCUGCGGACAGCAGGACAGCAGACGUGGGAGGACAGUUCGCUCAAUGAGUGGGAUACAGAUGACUUCCGACUGUUCUGCGGGGACCUUGGCAAUGACGUAACAGACGAGGUCUUGAUUAGGGUCUUUGGCAAGUUCCCGUCCUUCCUCAAGGCCAAAGUGGUUCGGGACAAGAGAAGCAACAAGAGCAAAGGCUAUGGCUUCGUUAGCUUCAAGGACCCACAGGACUUCAUCAAGGCCAUGCGGGAGAUAAAUGGCAAGUACGUGGGCAGCCGUCCGAUCAAGCUUCGCAAGAGCACGUGGCGCGAGCGAAACGUCGACAUGGUCCGGAAAAAGACCAAGGAGCGCGAGCGGCUGGGCCUCAUCUAGGCGCUCGUUCGCCGCUCCUGCUUCCGCCGCCGUCCUCUUCUCUCUGUUAUAUAUACUACGCUUGGCCUAUGCCUGUGCGGGACGGAACAGCCGACCGGAUGCCGGCAAGCCAGGUGGCGAGCAGCGGAGGAGUGUCGGAGGCGGACCUUUUCUUCUGUACCAUAAGAACACUGUCCUUGUUUGUUUCUUUGUUUUU